AUGCGUGUGUGCUGGCUUGUGGGGAAAGAGAAAUGCAAUCAGCGAGUGAAACUGCCCCACUUGGAAGCCGUGGUAAUUGGGCGUGGCCCAGAGACUGGGAUAAUAGAUAAGAAGUGUUCACGGCAGCAAGUUCAAUUAAAAGCAGACUGUAACAAGGGGUAUGUCACAGUUAAACAGAUAGGGAUCAACCCAACUAGUGUUGAUCUUGUGAAUAUUGGCAAGGAUGAAGUGGUGAAAAUGAAGCCAGGCCAAAUUCUGCAUAUUGUGAAUAACCUUUAUCCCUACACGGUGCAAUUUGCCGAAGAGUCUGGGAAAACUGUUCCUAAAGCAGACAGAAUGCUACGUGAGGACUCCUGUGAGAAUGAUGAUACAGAGCCUGUGCCCAGAAAAACAAUGAAGUUGGAGGUUGUGGAUACACAAGCCAGUUCUACAAAUCCCAAACUAAGCAAUACCAGUGUAUCUACACUUGAAGGAACUUCAAGCAAAAAGGAACAUUUAGGACACUGGAGUCAGGGUCUAAAGAGCUCCAUGCAAGAUCCAAAAAUGCAGGUUUACAAAGAUGAAAAGACUGUAGUCAUCAAGGAUAAAUAUCCCAAAGCUCGUUACCACUGGCUUAUCUUACCAUGGGACCCCAUUGCAAGCCUGAAGUCAGUCACCAGGGACCACCUUGAACUCCUGGAACAUAUGCAUGCUGUUGGGCAAAAAAUGAUCGAACAGUGCCCUGCCAGAGAGAGCCUGGAGUUCAGACUGGGUUACCAUGCUAUUCCCAGUAUGAGUCAGCUACAUUUGCAUGUAAUCAGCCAGGAUUUUGAUUCUCCAGCCCUCAAAACCAAAAAGCACUGGAAUUCUUUUAACACAGACUACUUCUUAAACUCUGAAGAUGUGAUAGAGAUAGUAAGAAGCAAGGGAAAAGUGAUGGUGAAAGACCAUACCUCUGAACUUCUUAAACUUCCCCUCAGAUGCCAUCGCUGUAAACAACAGCUGUCCACAAUCCCACAGUUAAAGGAACAUCUUAAGAAACAUUGGCCAAAAUGAUUUUUCAAAAGGUCAUCUUUCAAUCUGUCUUCAGAUUUCAAGCCAACACAAAGACCAGAAAAUGUUUAUACAAAUGUAUGUUUAUUAACUGGAAUGACAAAUGUAACGUGGGGAAAAAUAGCCUGGAAACAGCAGCAUACUAAUUUAGUAAUAGC